ACGUCAGCAGCGGGAUGGCCGUAGCUGUGGCGGCGGCUGCAGAAGCCCGAGCAGCCGCGGCCGCAGUGGAGGCUAGAGCCCGAGCGGCGUCGGCGGCGGCACCCCGGGGAGUUUAAGAUGGCGGCAGGGGGGGCGGCGGGCCUGCGGGAGGAGCAGCGCUAUGGGCUGUCGUGCGGGAGGCUGGGACAGGACAACACCACCGUACUGCAUGUGAAGCUCACCGAGACGGCGAUCCGCGCGCUCGAGACCUACCAGAGCCACGAGAAUUUAAUUCCUUUUCGACCUUCAAUUCAGUUCCAAGGGCUCCAAGGGCUUGUCAAAAUCCCUAAAAAUGAUCCCCCCAACGAAGUGCAUACCUUUAACUUCUAUUUGUCAAAUGUGGGUAAAGACAACCCUCAAGGCAGCUUUGACUGCAUCCAGCAAACCUUCUCCAGCUCUGGAGCAUCCCAGCUCAAUUGCCUGGGAUUUAUACAAGAUAAAAUUACAGUGUGUGCAACAAAUGACUCGUAUCAGAUGACACGAGAAAGAAUGACCCAGGCAGAGGAGGAAUCCCGCAACCGAAGCACAAAAGUUAUCAAACCUGGUGGACCAUAUGUAGGGAAAAGAGUGCAAAUUCGGAAAGCACCUCAAGCUGUUUCAGAUGCAGUGCCUGAGAGGAAAAGAUCAACCCCCAUGAACCCUGCAAAUACCAUUCGAAAGACACAUAGCAGCAGCAGUGUUUCCCAGCGGCCAUAUCGGGACAGGGUGAUUCACUUACUGGCACUGAAGGCCUAUAAGAAACCUGAGCUGCUAGCUCGACUGCAGAAAGACGGUGUCAAUCAGAAAGACAAGAACUCCCUCGGAGCAAUUCUGCAACAGGUAGCCAAUCUGAAUCCUAAGGACCUCUCAUACACCUUAAAGGAUUAUGUUUUUAAAGAGCUCCAAAGAGAUUGGCCUGGAUAUAAUGAAAUAGACAGACGGUCAUUAGAGUCAGUGCUCUCGAGAAAACUAAAUCCAUCUCAGAAUGCUGCCAGCACCAGCCGUUCAGAAUCUCCUGUAUGUUCUAGUAGAGACGCUGCAUCUUCUCCUCAGAAACGGCUUUUAGAUUCAGAUUUCAUUGAUCCUUUAAUGAAUAAAAAAGCUCGAAUAUCUCACCUGACAAAUAGAGUGCCGCCAACAUUAAAUGGUCAUUUGAAUCCCACCAGUGAAAAAUCUGCUGCAGGCCCCCCGCUGCCCCCUGCAGCCGCUGCCAUCCCCACGCCUCCACCGCUGCCUUCAACCCACCUGCCUGUCUCCAAUCCUCCUCAGACUGUAAAUUCUCACUCCAAUUCCCCUAGCACUCCAGAAGGCCGGGGGACUCAAGACCUACCUGUUGACAGUUUUAGUCAAAACGGUAGUAUCUAUGAGGACCAGCAAGACAAAUAUACCUCUAGGACUUCUCUGGAAACCUUACCACCUGGUUCAGUUCUACUAAAAUGUCCAAAGCUUAUGGAAGAAAACCAUUCGUCUCACAAAAAGUCCAAGAAGAAGUCUAAAAGACACAAGGAAAAGGACCAAAUAAAAAAGCACGACAUUGAGAUGAUUGAGGAAAAGGAAGAGGACCUUAAAAGAGAAGAGGAAAUUGCCAAGCUGAACAACUCCAGUCUGGAUUCCAGUGAAGGAGUUAAAGAGGAUUGCACUGCCUCCACGGAAGCUUCUUCAGCAGUUGAACUCCCAGAUUAUUUGAUAAAAUAUAUUGCUAUUGUCUCCUAUGAGCAACGCCAGAAUUACAAGGAUGACUUCAAUGCUGAGUACGAUGAGUAUAGGGCCUUGCAUGCCAGGAUGGAGACGGUGGCUAGAAGAUUUAUCAAACUGGAUGCACAGCGAAAGCGCCUUUCUCCAGGCUCAAAAGAGUAUCAGAGUGUUCAUGAAGAAGUCUUACAAGAAUAUCAGAAGAUAAAACAGUCUAGUCCCAAUUACCAUGAGGAAAAAUACAGAUGCGAGUAUCUUCAUAACAAGCUGGCUCACAUCAAAAGACUAAUAGGUGAAUUUGACCAACAGCAAGCACAGUCAUGGCACUAGAGCUCUGCUUGGACCAGAAGAUGUGAAUAAACUUAAGCUUAUUUAUUUAAAAUUCCAAAUGAAUUGCUCUCAAAUUCUAAAAAAUGAAACUUUGCCUGUUGGAAGUUUCAGUAUUAGUAAACUUGAGUUACCUUCCCCCCCCGCCCCCCGCCGCAUUUUACUUUGUUUCCUUGCAUUUUUGAAGCUGCUUUUUUCUGGUCCUUUUUUCCUACUUAAGACUUGUGUUUGUCAAUAGAAAUAAUUUUUUUUGUAGAUAUUGGGGAUCCAGUGUCUGUACUUCAAAUCAAUUUUUUUCCUUAAAAAACUGUGUUUGUCAUUAGAAAUGAUUUUUUUUAGAUAUUGGGGAUCUAGUGUCCACACUUCAAAGUUAUGUGUGUUUAAAAAAAACAGUAAUGUACAAGGUGAAAUGCUUUUGGAUAAACAUAAGCCUAUUUUCUGACCUUUCUUAAUAUGAACUCUUUGCCUUAAAUGGUAGAACAUUUAGAAAUUUGCACAAAAUACAAAAAAACUUAAAACAUUGUUUUGGAGGGUUAAGAAAUAGAAAGGUGUGUAUGUGUAUAGAUCUAUAUACACAUGUGUAUAUAUAGUCUGACUUGAUCUAGAACAGUAAAUCUGCCCUGCAAAUUAACCCCCCAUUGCAAUGGUUGCCUUAAGGUGUUUGCUAGUUGUGUACCUAGUGUGGUUAAUCAUUAGCUACACUGCUUCCCACUUGAUUCGAGCAAUGGGAAGCACAUUGUGGCCUACCAGCGUCUGAAAGCGUGUGCUCGACCUGUAUGUGUGCAGAGGUGGUGUGGAUGUGAGCGUGCGUGAAGGAAAAAAGCUGCUACUCUCAGUAGGCCAAACGCUCAGGUGAAACAACUGAUGAGUGUUACUGUAGGGUAUUUUUUCCUAUCAAAUUGCUACUUCUAUCGUGGAAGACAAAAGCAUUUCCAUUUCAACAGUUUGUCAACUUUAUUAAUGUUGGGCAAAAUUGAUAUGUUAUGAAAAUGAAACAGAUCUAUAGUUUGGGGCAAAAUUAUAAAAUUAAACGUGUAGGUAACCUAUUUAUAUACUGCUAUAAAGUAUUUUUUGAAGAGAGAUAUGCAAAGAAGCUAUUACCUACAUGAAAUGUAUAUUUAAAGAUUUUUUUUUUUUUCAUCCUGGGUGCCAGGAAUAUAAAAAAGAGUGGAUAUAUUUAACCAUAACAUACUGUGAUUCAUCAAACAGCACAAACUUUCAUUUCAUGGAGUUUAUCUGUUGACGUUGAUUUAAACUAUCAUUUGUUUUAUCAUGUGGGAACAUAAGUUAUGUGGUCAAAAAUAUAAGGAUUUUGAACUAAUGUUGAUUCAAGUUGUGUUGUCUUAUCGUAUUGUUUUUCAAAGUGCUGCCAGUUUAAAAGGGAAGCAUUAUGUUUACAAAUAUGUUUUGAAAUGUUUGCCAAAAUUUUGGUGGUAUCUUUAAUAAAGAUGUUUGUCUCCAGCAUCCAAAACAAUAAAAAAAUAAAUAACUUUGUUGUGUAUCACUGUAAACCAGAAAAUGUUGGUGUCCAGAAAACCUGAGAGAGCGUGUAGAUGAAACUUACUCUUCGGAGUUCUUCUAAAACAUUAACAGGAAAGAGUAGGUAAUAUAGUAAAAGUAUACAAAAGUAUACUUUACAAAGACUGAAACAAGACCCUGUGCACUAUAACUCUAACAUUACCACAGCAAUUUGAUUUCUACGUAGCAUGGACCUCCUGGGGAAUUCGAUUUUCUUUUAGCAUUGAGAUCCCUGGUGCUCUUCCUUUUACCUCAGAAUUGGUACAAUCAUUACUAAGCGUUCACUGAUAUCAAACUUUCCGUUGGAAAAAAAAAAAAGCAGUAAAGGAAACUUAAUUGGGGAUAAAUUUGGUCCUCAUAUCAUAUGGUAGAGUCUCCUGAGGGAUUUGUCUGUAGGUAAUGACCUCAUCGGUGUCAUUUCUUAGACAUCAUGGCCUUUUAAUCAAAGAUAGUGUGCUGCUACUUGCUAUGAGUGGUGGUUCUCAAAAGCAAGGUGCUUGGACCACUUGCAUCACCCAAAUUAGAAUCUCUGGGGAUAGGGCCCACAUAGCCCCAUUUUCAUAAGUAUCCUCCAAGUGAUUUUGCAAGCUAAAGUGUGAGAACAAUUGGCUUGGAAGUAACAAUAAACCUUUAGGUCUCUAAAUCUCAGAGUCUUGAACUGAAGAGGUUCGGCUAUUGGCUUUGGUUUUUAAGCCCCUCCCUGUCAGCAGGUGCAACUCACUUUUCCUCUCUACAUCAUUUGUGGCACCCUCUCAGUUGUUUCACUGCUAACGCUUAUUUUAGAACUUGUUUACAAACAAGGCAAACCUUCCAGUUGGCUAAUUGUUAGCCCUUGGAGCUCCUACCCAUCUACAUCAGCACAUCUUCUGGUUUACAAAUUGGGUAAUAAUGGAAGCUGGAGAUGCUUCAUGAAAAUCCAGCAUUGCACACCCGUAGACUCGACCACCUACCUAUAAAAGCCUUAAUUUAGAUGUUUGUCGUGUACAUUGGGCAGAUCCUUGCAAAAUGUGUAUCUAUCAUCAGUUGCAAAUUUGAGAGUUGUGAAUCUCUGCCUCUGCUAUUACCUAAGGCUGCAUCUCUUUUAAAGAUGGGCGUGAGCCUAUUAAGAUAUUUAUAAUCAUUCUUCAUCUCCUACUGCAAGAUUUUUAGAUUCUCUCCAAUAAUUGCUGCAGGAAUGGGUGGCCACUUAGUAUCAGUUACUCUGGUAGAAUUUAUUUAGUUUUUUGUUUUUUGGGGGGUUUUUUGAGAGAAGUAGUAAGUGUAAAAUAGCAUUGUCAAGAUGAGACAAUGAGUUGUGUUAUUAUUUGCUCAUCACAUUUCAUCUUAAGUAAUUUGAAGCACUCUUGAUGAUUUUUACCAACAACCAUAAAUUAACUCCAGAAUGAGCGAGCAGCUGAUUUAAUACAAACCCAAAAUAACAUUAACUAGAUGUGGUUUUGUUUUAUGUGAGGACUUCACUUCCUAUCUCGUUGGUUAUUUAUUUCCCCUGGAAUACUUUAGAGGGGUUAACUUUCAACUGUAAGUAGUGAUAGAUGUUCAGUACUUGCUCUCACAAAAGUAAUUGGUGUGGUCAGUUGAUAUCAUAGCUCCAUGCAUUGAUUAUAAAAAUCCAGUAUUAAUUUUCCUUCAUCUCUGAUUGAUCUUUUAACCUUAAUAGUUUUCUUUUCCCUUAAAAUAUUUCACCUUAUUCUGUAAAACAAAUGCAUAUUUUCAUGUUUGAAGCAAGGUGUUGAGAUGAGGUUUAGACACAAAUGGUCCAUCAGUUCCGACACUCUGCUUGGUUGCCUUACCCCUUCCACUAGUGCGUCCUUUGUUUCUGGAACUUGGCUGAAACUCUUCAGCCAGUUCCUUGUCUUUCCAGCCGUGUGAGUGUUGAGUCACAUAUGAGUGGUUUUUGCCUUUACUACUUUUAAAGUUCUUACUGUUUAUUACUUCCUAAGUGUUACUAAAUCCUUUUAUUCUAUACCAGAUGGGGAAAAAUUAUAGCCAGCUUUGAGAGGAAUCUUUUGGGAAAAGAUAUUAACUGACACGACUAAAUGAAGGCAACAGAAGAUGUUAUCAAUGUUCUUUGUAACCUGACAACUGAACAAGGCUAUGAGACUCAUUUCAAAAUAUUUUGAAGUGUUAAAAAUAUAUACAUAUAUAUCUAUGCUGCUUCUCAGUUGUUCUACCCAAACCAUGUUAGCAAGGUAAAAUGUCACAGAGACUUUUCAGUUAACUGAGCUCAGCAGCUGUGGUGGCCCCUAUUGUUCUACACCAAUUUCAGUUC